AAAGAGACGACCCGCUGGUUUUGUUCUCGCCUUGAAAAACGCAACAGCGGUUGUUGUCAUCUUGUGCUUCGAUCGAAAAAAGUGGCCGGGUUGGCGCUGUGAACCAUCGCGUAACCAUUUUACCAUUGUGGCCACAACGCCAUUCCACUGGGACCGGGAUAUUCGAACGGGCCUUCCGGGGUAUCCACGACACGGAGGCCAGCAGGCUCAUCGGGAACCGUUUCUAGUCACCGUUCCGCAGCCACCCGUCAUCGAACGCGUUCCGGACGCGUUGGGCUUGGGCUGAGGGUGCGUGUGUUUCCGUAAAGGCGCGCGCGUGUGUGCAUCCGUCUCGUAAAGGUCACAAUAAAUUGCGAAUCAGGAUUCCGGAGGCACGGGAAAGGAUACCGGUGUUCCGGAAAGUGUUUUAGCAUCAAGGCGUAUACUGUGUUGGCAAACGGGUUGGAAAUACGCGUUUACCGUCAAUCCACACACACAUACACGUGCACUCACUCGCACACACACACACACACACACACACACUCAUACGCUUAAAGACACAAACACAGAAAAUCCGCUAAAAUGGUGAAACGCAAACCCCAGGCUAUGAUCGAUUCGGAAAGCAGCAGUGAUUCGGAAUCCGGUUCCGAUCUCGAUUCGGAGCUGCUUUCGUUGGCCAAGAAGAAGAAAACAACCCGUCUUGCGUCCGCAUCGCCGAAUCAUGCGAACCACCACAACCGAUCCGGGUCCGGUUCGGAUUCCGGUUCCGGAUCCGACUCCGACGAUGAUGAUGAUGAUGACGAUGACGACGAUGAUGAUGAAGAGGAGGAAGUAUCCGGCUCGGAUGCGAUGGCAAAGCGCAAACGGAAAGGUGGCAAACCGACGUCCUCCUCCGAAUCGGAAAGCGAGCGGGAUGGGGAAGAUCGCAAAAGAGGCGCAAACACAGCGCCACCACCAUCCGCUGCACCACAAGCUGCAGCGACCAUCACCAACAACACAGUGCUCGGUGGCGGUGGCGUAAAGCGCAAACAGCCGAUCGAUGAGGGCGAUGGUUCGGAACCGGAAGAAGGUCAAGUGUCUUCGGAUUCGGAACGAACGCGGAGAGGUGCCGGAACCGGGCCCGGGCAGAAACCGUCGAGUGAAGAUGACUCGAGUGACGGCAAUUCAAGUGACGACAGUAGCGGCAGCAGUAGUAGUAGCAGCAGCAGUAGCAGCGAUUCCGAGUUCAACGAUGGGUACGACGAGAAUUUGAUGGGCGAUGACGCGGAUCGGGCCCGCCUGAACGCACUGUCCGAGAAGGAGCGUGAGACGGAAAUUUUCAAACGUAUCGAACGGCGGGACGUGAUGAAAACGCGCUGGGAGAUCGAGCGGAAGCUGAAGCUGGCCAAGCGGGCGGAACGGGCCCGCGACAAACAAGCACAGCCGGAACGCAAGAAGAAAAAGAAGGAAAAGAAAAAGGCACAGAAAAAAGCGGCCGCAGCUGCAGCGGCAGCCAACGCGGAACGGGAGCGUAAGAUGGCGGCGGCAGCGGCAGCAGCGGCCGCACAGACGGCAGCCGCCAAUGCAGCAGCGGCGGCGGCCGCAGUGGCAGCGGCAUCAGCGAAAGCAAUGGGACCUGCAGCGGUGGGAGGCGAUGGAUUGUCCGGCCAGGGUGCGAUGGAUACGAGCGACGCUGGCAGUGGCGGCAUGGUUCGGGCGGAUAGUCCUUCAUCGUCUCCGGAGAAGAAAAGCGAUGACGUUUCAAGCGCGUCGGAAUACUUCGACCCGAAGGAACGUUCCAAGGAGCGCAAAAAGACGGUCGAAAUGAACCGAACCGACGACAAGCGUAGCAAUGCGAUGGCGAUGCUUAAGGCGAAACGUGAAGGCAAGGCAAAGCGGGAGGAGGAGGAAGCGAAGCGGGAAGCACAGCGCAAACAGGACGCCAGCCAGCAGGAAGACAAGGAAGAGCUGUCGGACGUGCCCGGCGGCAAGUCGCAGAUGAAGCUGAAAGCGUCCGACAUCUACUCGGACGAUUCUGGCAGUUCGGACGAUGAGGACGACGAGGGUGGCGGUGGUGGCGGUUCAAGCGAGCGGGACAAAAAGGCGCGCAGCGACCGGAGAUCGCGGUCGGGCGGCAGUGGAGAUAGUGGCAGUGGGAGCGACAGCCGUUCGUCCAGCGAUUCCGAAGGUGAAGAAAAGGAUAAAAAGUCUGGCUCAGGAUCGGGGUCCGGUUCGGGAUCCGGGUCGGGCUCGGGGUCUGGCUCGAGCAGUCGCAAACCGGUCGCGAUUAGUUCGAACGCGGAACUGAACAAGCUGCGAAUCUCGCGCCACAAGCUGGAACGCUUCAUCAACCUGCCCAUCUUCGAACCGACCGUGAUGAAUUGCUUCGUGCGCAUCAACAUUGGCAACAAUCAGGGCAAACCGGUGUACCGGGUGGCGGAGAUUAUCGGUGUGGUGGAGACGGCCAAGAUUUAUCAAUUUGGCCGCAGCCGAACGAACAAAGGCUUCAAGCUAAAGCACGGCAGCCAGGAGCGCGUGUUUCGGCUCGAGUUUGUGUCGAAUCAGGACUUUUCCGACACGGAGUACCAGAAGUGGCUGACGGUGUGCCAAUCGACCGGGACCCCGCUGCCGACGGUGGACAUGAUCGAGCGGAAGCAGCGCGACAUUAAGGAGGCGUCACAGUACGAGUUUAAGGAUGCGGACAUUGAUCGGUUGGUGGAGGAAAAGAACCGGUUCCGGGCGCAUCCGACGAACUACGCUAUGAAGAAAACGAUCCUGAUGAAGGAGCGUGAUGCCGCCCAGCUCCGCGGCGAGGACGACCUGGCCCGCGAACUCAACUCACAGAUCCAGGAAAUUGAAGAGCGAGCCAGCACGCUGGACAAAAAGCGUAGCAGCAGCAUCAGUCUGAUCUCGUACAUUAACGACCGCAACCGGAAGCGUAACGUGGAGGACGCCGAGAAGGCGAUCAUGGAGGAGAAGCGGGCGACGCGUGGACUAAAAAUUGAGGAUCCUUUCACCCGGCGCCAGACGCAACCCCGCAUGUCCUUCAAGAAGGACGACAAGCGUGACGAUACGCCGAUGCUACCGAUGCAAGCGCCACCACCGCCGGGACAGGCCGGCAAGAAGAAGACGGACGAAAAGAAGCCAAAUCAGGGCGGGCAGGCGGACAACAACCUGUACUCGCUGCACGAUUUCGACAUCGAUCUGGAAGUUCCUCUCCCAAUAAGCAGCGUGAACGUGCUCCCGAAACCGGUAGAAAAACCGGUAAGAGAGUCUGGCCCAAAACGAUCGCUCAAUCUGGAAGAUUACAAAAAGAAGCGUGGAUUGAUCUAGUGCGCGGACCGGACCAGAGCAGAUGAACUGUUGGACAGCCCCCGGUUCGGGGUUCUGUUCUCGUAAUUGUACAUUGAUUAUGAUUAUGUUUAUCACACCUCUUCCCGUCCGUUGGGGAGGAGGUCGGUGAGUUAAUGUUUAGCUUCCACUACAGGCAAGUUGCGGGGGAAAAUGUCGCCCACCGUAUCGGGCGCGCAUUAAACCAAUUGCGUGCGUGUGUAUGUUUUGUAUGGGUAUUAUGACAUGUAUCGGAGCGUCGUGACAGAUAAGAGGAGGCGAUAUUUAGGGUUGUAAUUUAUUUAAUGCCUUUUUAGUUGAUCAUAUUUAGCUCAUUUUCAAAGUGUUUGUUUUUUUACACGUUCCAUUACCUUCGUUCGGGUGGGUAAAUAUGAGGCAGCCUAUUUGCCAGCGGCUGCCGCGGAGGAUGGAGAGCGAUUCUUGCACAAGAUUCGUCCCUGUUCGACCAUUAGACCAUUCGGACAAAAUGCUACUAAUUAUACUAGUAAAGCAAGCAAACAGCAACUAAGAAUCAGGGGAAAAUAUAGCAAACACUCAAGCAAUUAUAAGCGAUAUGAACUCGCACCGAGACACAUUACUGUAGCGAUAGAGAAUGAUCAAAUGUCAGGUUACUACACUACUACUACUAUAGCACUAUAAUAGUAGCCGUAAUUGUAACGGGUAAAUAAACGGAUGGAGACAAAUUACGAAA